GGCCUGACGCUGAGAAGUACCCCUCGCAGGCACCACCAAAGCCAUCGUAGCACACAUGCGUCGAACAUUCCUCUGCUUCGUGCCUCUGCAGCCCUGCUGUGAAGGCGAUCCAAACCAUCAUGGUGGAAUCCACUCUCACGGCUGCGAGCGGAAGCUGCCUUUGCGCAGUGGAGUGCUAUACGCGUCCAGCUUGCGAUUCGUGUAGGGCCUGCUUUUACGAGCUCUGUAAGAACGCCUGCAUAUGCACAGCGUCACGCACUCCAACUGCCUUCCAGGCUGGAACUGGAUCCACGCCCUCGCAGCGGGCCUCAGAGGCCGCUCCGCAUGCGGGCACCCACACCGGCAUGGUGGAGCACCCGAUUGCUUGCCGGCAAUGCGAACACAUGGGUACGGCCGAGGGUUCAGCCUUGCAAGCGGGGCGGACGGGCGUCUUUUUGAUAUCGUGUUUCGGUCCUAGAUAGGAAGGGUGUAACAACCUUUUUGAAGGACCGCGGGGAUGCCCGAGUUCAAGCGAAUGGCGUCUAUGUCGAGGCCUCCAGGCCUUGAAACACCAACUCAUCCGAGCAACGUUACCGCCAUGAGUAUUGGUCAUACCACCAAAUGCUCGGUACUAGU